AAACUCCCGCAACGACUCCGUCGCAUCGCAUCAAACACAUUCGUUCAUGUUUCAUCCUCGGCGUCGGACCUGUGCCAAUUCCGUUCGUUGAACCUGUUUUACUACGGCCAAUUCCGUCGGAUAUUCGGGUUCAAGAAAACUGACGAUCAGGACAAUUUGAUAAGUUCCUGUGAAAUUCCUACUUCCGAGAAAAUUUCGGGUGUAUAAGUGCUCACGAUACUGACUAAUUUUUAUUAAAAUCGAACUGGCAGAAGUGUUUUAAUUUACGAUUAGACUUUGGUCUAAAAUAUAGCAAACAGGACAGGAAAUGGCUUUGGCUUGCGAAGACUCGCGAAUGUCGCUGGAUGGCAGCGAUCUGUCAAACUUGUCACCUUGCAAGCCGACGACAGUCAUCACCGACAACAACAAAGCUCCUUCGCUAUCAAAAACAACAGCAACAGACACGACGAAGCAGGCGGCGGUUUCAUCUCCAGAACGUCGUUCCGUCCAAAAUACGGAAGAACAGAACAUUGGCGACGAAGCCCAGAAACCGGGAUCCAAAUCGGAGCAAAUCGAGAGCCUUAGUUGGGCCGAUAUCGUCGAAAGCGCGGAAAAUAAGAAAAACGAGGAGGAAUCUGAAACGGCAGGCGCGCCGCUAUCGGACCUAGUUGGAUCCGAUACCAAAAUGUCCAUGGAUGAGAGCAACAGCAAUGCCAGCAUGCGAUCCAAUGGGUCGUCCAGUCGGCAAAUCGAAAUCGACAUUCUCGAUUCGGCCAACGUCGAAAAGUACGAAAAAUUGGUGCGCAACGAAAAGAUCAAAUCUCCCUUCAAACGGCGGCUAUCGGGUGGCGAAGAUGACGACGAUGGUGCCGAUGACGAUGAUGGUCACGCCAAAUUUGUCGACGCAGAAGAGAACGGCACACUGCAACACAAUCUGCACAAGAAGUCCAAGAUGAACGAGAACGAUCACGGUAGGGAACGGUUCCGACGAGAUAGUUCUUCCAGCUCGGGAGACGGCAGCAGUCAGAGCAGCCGGAAACCGGUCGAGUACGAGAAGGACUUGUCGAUCCUGGAGCGACGCCAGAAGCAGAUCGACUACGGAAAGAAUACGCUCGGCUACGAGAAUUAUAUGAAACAGGUGCCAAGGGAAAAACGUACCAAUGAUCACCCGAAGACGCCGCCAAAGCACAUCAAAUACAGCCGACGAGCAUGGGACGGACUUAUUAAAGUGUGGCGCAAGAAGUUGCACUGCUUCGACCCAGAUGCAAAGCCGGAAGCCGACGCUUAGAGACAAUUUGAUGACGGUCUCAUAUCGCAUCAAAUAUUACCGAUCCUGCGAACGUAUUGGGGAAUUCGUCGAAGUGAUUGGAGUCUGGAUGAUGAAUCCAUUCUUAGAGAAAUUCUGCCUUUGGAGUCAAAUCAUCAUUGGAGCUCAUGCUCAAUAGGUUAUUGAGUGUCUGUGUAAAAUAGUACAGUAGAAGGAUUAUGGAGUCAAUGUGUACUACACAUAUUGCUGAUUCCGCUCAGAUCUUGAAGCUCUAGUUGUAAUUCUGUAUUGUUAUAGUAAUCUAAGUGAUAUGUUUUCAUGCGUCGAAUUCGCAAAAACGUCUAUCCUAAUUAAAGAAUAAAACCGAAAUAAUGUGGUAUUUAAAAUCUAA